AAUCCCAAUACAUGUAAAUUAAUUGGUUUACGUGAAAGUUAUAGCGUUUACAAAUGGCGGUGUAGUAUACUGGAAUGUAUUUUUUUUAAUACUAAUAAUGGCGCAAUCAGCGACUUAUGGCAGGACUGCGGUGGACAUUCUGGCACUGGGGGGGAACUGACUUCGGGUCUCUGACAUCCCCAGUGACACCAAUACAGUGAUCACUGCUAAAAAAAAAGCACUGACACUGUACUAAUGGCACUGGGGAGAAAGGAGUUAACAUUUGGAGGC